AUGCCAAACCUCGAGCGGUGUGGAAAUGCUGGAGACAAAACUCAGCGUGGCGCUUCUGAGAUGUUCCUUCCUAACUUUUCCAAUCCUAACAAUGCAAUGAAAGAGCUAGUUGGUAAACAAGAAAAGCACUUUAACUAUGCAUUAACAUGCUAUUUAAUUGUGUAA